CUCUUAGUGCGUUAGAGGGGUCGGGUUACCGCAAACAGAGGGAGAACAGUUACUAGAGAGUAAAAAAACAAAACUGGAAAUCUGGAGGAAUCUGAAAAAAUCUGGAAUAGAAGGCCUUUUCAGCCUGGAAGGGUGAGUUUGCUUUUCAGCUAUGUACCUGUAUUUUCUUGAAGUGGUGAGUAUUUGUUUUUCCUGUAGAAGAGUCACGAGAUCGACCUCCUGUAUGGAAAACAGAGGGGUCUGAACUUGUUGCGGAGCCAGGCUAUGGUGUUCAGUGUCCCUGCAUUGUCAAAUUUUGCUGACCAGAGAUGAGCCUGAACAAACUUCAAGGCAGCAGCUCAGAACACAGUGUGAAUUGGUCAGCAACUGCCACUGCUGGCACUGCAAACGAGCAAAAGGAGGCCUUUAACCCUGCUGAUUUAGGGAAGCAGGAGGAAGGACAUCAGGACGAUGCAAAGAUGUAUUCCAGGACGUGUACGGGAACAAACUGCAGUAGGAAAGAGUUCAAUGGACCAAAAUCCAGUGGAAGUGAUUUCUGCAGCCAUGAGCCAAAUGGCAGCCCAGCUGGAAGUUUCAGGAGGCAAAGCAAGAUUAACAGUGAACAGCUGAAUUGGAGCCAGUCACACAGAGAUAGGAUGAUGAUGAUGAUCCAAGAAAUUAAAAGGUGUUUGCCUGAAGAAAAAAGGAGUUCCAGCAAGCCCAGUACUAUCAGUGCUCUCAACUAUGCCUUGCAGUGUGUCCAGCAGGUCCAAGCAAACAGUGCAUUUUUCCACCCUGCAAAUGACCGAAGAGUGGUUCAGACAGAGGCGAUCACAUACAGCAUAGACGAGCUGGUGACCAUUGCAUCUGAACGCACUCCAAAGAACACCGACACCUUUGUGGCUGUGUUUUCCUUGCUUUCUGGGCGAAUAGUGCAUAUUUCUGAUCAGGCAGCAUCCAUUCUAAACUGUAAGAAAAAACUGUUGGAUUCCUCCCGGUUUGUAGAGCUGCUUGUCCCUCAGGAUGUCAGUGUGUUCUACACACACACCGACCAGUCCCACUUGCCGCUUUGGAACACAGAAAGGCAAACAGCUUCUCUGUAUGAGUAUGCCCAGGUGAAAUCCUUUUUCUGCAGGAUCAGGCGUGGUAAAGAUCGAGAACAAGAAAUGCAUUGUUACCCCUUCCGAAUCACCCCAUACUUGGUCCAUGUGUGCACUUCUGCUCACAUGGAUGCAGAAUCCUGCUGUUUAGCUUUGGCUGAGAAAAUUCACUCUGGAUAUGAAGCUCCUCGAAUUCCUAUGGAAAAAAGAAUUUUCACCACCACUCACACCCCAGGAUGUAUUUUUCUUGAGAUAGAUGACAGAGCAGUGCCUCUGUUGGGUUACUUGCCUCAAGAUUUAAUUGGAACAUCCAUACUGAUGUAUUUGCACCCAGAAGAUCGUCCUUUGAUGAUUGCUGUUCACCAGAAAAUCCUGAAGUUUGCUGGCCAGCCCCCUUUUGAACAUUCACCUAUUAGAUUUUGUACUCAAAAUGGAGAUUAUGUCAUACUGGAUACCAGCUGGUCUAGUUUUGUGAAUCCGUGGAGCAGGAAAGUAGUGUUCGUCAUUGGCCGACACAAAGUCCGAACAAGCCCUUUGAAUGAAGAUGUUUUUGCUGCAAGAAGUAAAGAAAUGAGCAGUGUUGAGAAAGAGAUAAGAGAAUUGCAAGGACAAAUUUACAAGCUUCUCCUGCAGCCAGUUCAUAGCAAUGUUUCUAGUGGUUAUGGAAGCCUUGGUAGCAAUGGCUCUUAUGAACACUAUGUCAGCAUAGCAUCUUCAAGUGACUCCAAUGGGAAUUGUGCGGAGGAGAUACAAGAACCGAUGACAUUGCAACAAGUAUGUGCAGAUGUGAACCGAAUAAAGAGUCUGGGACAACAGCUGUAUAUUGCAUCAAGGAGCAAGCUGCAGAAUGGAAAUGAACAAGCUACAAGUUCAGAAAUGCUAGGAGGGAAAAGGCACACUGCUUCCUGCUUUCUCCAAGCAUUGACAAGUGAUAGCACUGAAGAACCAGACAAUGCAUUUUAUGAUAAUUCAAAGAAGACUCCACAUGUUCCAUCGUAUCAGCAGAUCAAUUGUGUUGAUAGUAUCAUCAGAUAUCUAGAGAGCUGCAGUAUUCCAGCCUUGAAAAGGAAAUGUAAAUCUACAAAUACAUCAUCGUCAUCAUCAUCUUCAGGAGAUGACAAGCAAGCCCAGCAAAGCCAGAACGAAGUCAAGGCAUUGGAAGUUAAUUCCCGAACUCUGAUAUCUGCUGACCUGGAAGAGACUCUGAAAGAGCAGAUGACCACAGGUGUGGUGGGAACACCUUUGGCGGACCUGACUCUGACCAACAAGGCUCCAAGUGUGGUGUCUGUCACCAGCCAGUGCAGUUACAGCAGCACUAUAGUGCAUGUUCCACACCCUGAAUCAGAAGUGACUACAAUGGAGGAUGCCACUGUUGGAAGUGAACACAUUGAGCUGCCUCCUGUGAAUGCUCAGAGUCUCAUUAUGGUCCCCGAGGAAUUAAAGCCACUUGGGCUAACAAAAGAGACGUUGUCAGCCCACACUCAGAAAGAGGAGCAAAACUACGUUGACAAGUUCCGCCAGAGGAUCUUGCUCUCUCCGUUUAGGACUUACCUCCAGCAGGGGAGCAGAAGUAACAAUGGACGUUCCUGUGGUCAAGGAGAUUCCCCUUCAAAGCAGAUGAGCCCAGUUAUCUGUAAAAAAGGCAAAUGUGGAAAAUUCAAGCGCCAGAAACCUCAGAGACAGUCCUCAGAUAGCCAUUCUUCUAGUAAAAAUAGAAAUACUUUUCCAUGUGAGAAGAGAACAAUUCAGAAGCAGUCAUUCUCUCCCUCAGAAGUGUCCUGUCUGAGCCUCUCCAGUACAAACGCAUUUCCUCCGAUGGAUUUUCCUGUCUAUUCUGAUCCACUAGCCGGUUUUCCAGGCUCUCCUGUAGCAGAGGAGCUUUCCCUUCACUCACUAAAACCUGAGCCCAUGUCAUCAUCACAACUAUGCUGUGAUGCGCGGUCAUUCCCAGCAUUUUCUCCCCCAAACAUAGGCACGUUUACGGCUGUAAUUUUUCGUAGUUUCCCCAUGUAUACUCAGAUGCCUCAGUCUGGCUUUCUUCCUAUCCCUCAGUAUGCUUAUCCCUCCUCUUCAUAUCCAUGCACUACGCUACCUCCAGCUCCCUCUCCCUCUGCUCCAUCACCAGUAGCACUGAACUCUGUGGAUCAGCCCUUUCUAGCCUCUCCUGCCAUGUCCGCUGAAGAACAGCAAGAGGGCCAGUGUGACCAGGCCCCACUGCUUAGUAGCUCACGGAGCAGCUCCCCACUUCAGCUGAAUUUGCUUCAAGAAGAGCUGCCAAAGCCUACGGAGUUUCCCAUUAGAACUGAUGCUAAAGCACAUGUGGAGGCAAAAUUUGACAAUGAUCCAGAAGCUAGUGGUGACAAUGGUAGCCAUUGUGCCUCUAGCGAAUUCAGUGAUCUCUUACUGCAUGAAGACUCCCAGUCGGGUACUGGUUCAGUUUUUUUAUCAGCUGUAUCUAGUUCUUUAGGCUCUGGUUCCAAUGAAACGUCUGGUUGUGGCACAGGUAGCAGGAAAAGCAGCAAGUACUUUGCCAGUAAUGAUUCUUCUGAAGCUUCCAAAGAGGAGAAGAAUCAGGAAGCAGAAGAAAAAGGCACAUCUCAUAAAUCCAAACACGAAUCAGCCUGGGUGAGGAUGGAUCACACACCUGAGCAGGUUCUGAUGACAUAUCAAAUGCCUAACAGAAGUAAAGAGGAAGUUUUAAAGGAGGAUCUGGAGAAGCUGAUAGUCAUGCAAAAGCAGCAGCCUUGGUUUACUGAUAGGCAAAAGAAGGAGCUGGCAGAGGUGCACACAUGGAUACGGACCCAGACUGUCCCGCAACAAAUCAACACCCAAGGCUGUGUUACAUGUGACAUCAGGGAAGUGAGUCAUGAGGCUGCAAUGGCUGAUGACCAUAUGGAACACAAGGGAAAAUCGCCUCCGCUCUUGCAAUGCUGAAGACAUCAGCACCUGUGUCCGUAAAACUGUUUGGUAUAAUUUCCGCUCUCUUUUCCUCUGGCCUUGCUACAUACAAGCAGCGGAUGUAUCCAGAUGUCUUUUCCCAACAUGAACAGUCGCAUGUGUGAAACUGUCUUUCUUCAUUACACCCCACCCUCAGCUUGAUUUUGAAGACACUGACUGGGAGGCUGUUUCCCUUCCUGACCUCACAAACUUGACACAGAAUGGGGUGUGUUUGUAACUUUUGAUCACUCGCUGAUGAGAAAAAUACAAACUUUCUUUUUUUAAACUUGGCAAGUAAGAGUAUGAAAAGAUGCACUUGUAAAGAGCCUACAUUGAUGCAGCCCUAAUAGUUCGGAGGACAGUACGCUCCAGUAAAGUAGAUGUUAGUAGUAUUGAAUCCAUACUACCACAUAAUGCUCUCUAUUGUUUCUUCAACAUUCAGAGGUCUAAGCUGAAGAUCCAAAUACUCUGAGGCUCUAAAAUCUCUGUAGCUGGUUCUAAAAUCCAGUAGGCUUGUUCAUGAGCAGCUGAAAAUUGGCCAAGUUAUUAAAAUGCCUUUUUCCAGUUUGUGCUCAUCAAAAAAAAAAAAAAAAACCCAACAACUGAGGUGAGAAGAAGCAAAGUUACUCCCUGUGUUUUCGUAUUAAGUAUAUAGUACCACAUUGUUUCAUAGCUUUUGCCUUUAAAGCUAUGUCUCUCAGGACAGGUUUUAAAAAUUGAAGCAUGUGGUUUGCAAAUCCUUUUGAGCUUAAAUUUUAAUUUCCCCAUUUUUGUUUCCAUUGCGUUGAUCCCAAAAAAGGGAGAUUGGACUUAACUGCUUCUACUUUCUUGAGAAGUCGCAUAUUACGGAGACAUACUUUGAUAUCCAACUGCAUAUUUACUGUGUCUUACCACUGUUGGCUGCCUAUACAAGUUUUAACCUCACUCUUCUUGAUACUGGAGCCUUCAGCAAUUUGAAUCCGUGGAGAAAAAACAGGUUUAUGCAUAAAGUGGCUUUCAAAAUCAGAAAGCAGUAGUCAUUUUCUCUUUCAGUAUGUCGCAUUAAUGCUUCUAGCUUAACGCUUGAUGUUUCAAAGUGCUCUUCAAACAAGACACUGUUCACUAGGACCUGGUAAAUUUUGUCUGGCCUCUACUUUGUUUUUCAAAAGCUGGAUGUAGUAAAGCAGAUUUUCCUGUUCGUAUUGUUAAUCACCUUAGCCUUCUAAACAAACAGUUUUGGAACGUAACACAUUAUUCACCUUUUCAUCCUGUUUAACCUUUCUGUUUCCUGCUUAUAUGAAAGUGUUCCUUAAUAUUUAAGUUUAUUUCAGUUUCAUUUAGUAGUAAACUUAAGUAGUUGAACAGUAAGUUAAGAAUAGUGGUUGAUCUGCAGACGCUUGAAGGAAAAUAAAGGUUUUGUUUCUUUUUUUUUUUUUUUUAAAUCAAUUCAGUGAAAAUCCUUCGUAUUAAAUCUGAUUUUAGGGGAAGUUAUUUUUCUUGAACUUAAGUUUCCAAGACUAACUAGACUCAGGCAAUGUUCUUCUGAUUUCUACAGUAUGGUUGCCUCCUUUUGUACUUACUGCUUUGUAUCUUUAAGUUCCAUUUCUUUAUUUGGCUUUCAGUUACUUCAGCGUGAACCCGUUUUUUUUUCCUUAAGUGUUGCAAAUCAGCAGAGAUCCACAUAUUCUCAGUACUUUUGUGUGUUUGAAUUUUAAACCCUUUUUAAAAUAAAAGCCUUUGAUAGGUGGUUAAUUAUAGCAGUUUACCCCAGUAGGAAAAUCUGGUCAAUAUCUUACUCCUUUCCUAUUAUUUUUCAAUGCUUCCCAAAUGUGGAAUGCUGCUUUAUAACCCCACUGCCUAAAAAAUUUCUUCUGAAACACUUAAUAAGAUGCUUUAUUUAUAUGUUCUUUCCUUCCUGCCAACUUAAACUGGUGCAAUUGAAUCCAUUGUAGUUAGUUCUAUUUAAAUUAAAAUGACUGCUUUAUAAUACAUCUUGAGACUUGAUGAAAGAGAUUAAUUUCGACGUUCAGAGUAAGGAUGGCUGUCAUCUUCAAAGUAGUUAGAAGUGUUAGCUAGAAGGAAAGUUUAAAUAAUCAGUGCUUUGCUGUACGCUAUUUCCAUGUAUGUUUGUUGAGGGAGGAGAAAAUGAGAUGGUUUAUGAUGUCUUAGCAGGCAUGCAUGUCACCCAUUUUAUAAAAGAAUGGGACUUAGUAUGAAACGAUACGUACUUAAUGCUCAAAUAGUGCUUUUUAAUUCAUAGAGCGGUAAACGUGUCAGAAAACUGAGUAACAAUCGCUAUCCCUGUUAUACAGAGACACAGAUGCUCAAUGGACUUGCACAAAUGCAUACCCCCAAUUCAUACCAAAAUCAGGAGUAGAAUUCAGGGAUCUUCAGUCACUGUAUCCUGUUCUGUCUUUGUUACAAAUGGUCGAGAUUCUGACAUGCGCAUAGAAACUUAAUCACAUUAAAUGUAUUUUUUAUUGGGGGAUGUUAGCCUUUCCUGUACCAUGUACUCCUCUGAAUCUGUACCCAGUAGAAUCAUAUAGCAACUGAAAUCCUAGACAGUGUUUACAGUGCUGUGAGCACUAUACCCUGUGAUCACAUAUAAUGUAGACUUACGCUUCUAGGAGUUUAAAUGCAAUGAUCAUAAUCCUGGCUAAAUCUUAGGUGCAAGAUUGCUUGCCUGGGGCUAUGCUAGCUUGGGUUAAAGAGGAAAUGAUGGUAUAGGAGAGGAAUAUAAGAGGAAUAAAGAGGUGAAACAAUGCCCUCUGUGAAUAUAAAACUAAAAUACUUGCCCAAGAACACACAGUCUUGAAUACAAAACCAUAUUUAGGACAAAAACCUGCUUCCCAAGCUACCCUUUACCCUUCUGGAACCGCAGCGUCUUGCAAUCAAAUGCCUUAGCAAGCCUUCUGGGAAGGACUUGUUAAAAACUUUGUUUCCAUAGCUUUCAGGAAUUGAUAGUUUUUACUUGAGCUUAUAUUAAUUUUCCAGUCUUUGUAGUUUGCCAGAGUAGUCUUAAGCGAGAUCCAGUUCUGAUCUGAAAGACAAAUAGAGUAAAUAUUGCAGCCAUGUUUGCUGCAAUACUUCAGUUUAGUUUAUGGGACUUUGUUUUGCCUGACAUGAUGAAAAUGCUGUAGAUGGUUUAGAGUUUCUUAGGUAGUCACUUUUUUAAUGUUCUAAGGCUAGUGAUGUUGAUAGUGAUCAAAGGGAAAAUACAAGUACAGUAAUGGUACAGUUACUACCCCCUGUGGGGGUAUCAGCAGAUUGGAAAUGCUUGGUGGAUUUGGCUGGCAAUUUUUGUUGUUGCAUUCAUAACUGUAUGUUUAUGUUUAAAAAAGAAUGAGUUGAUGUGCAGAUGUUUUCAUGGCAUUGCUAUGAACAGCAGGGACCCCAGUGUAUUUCUGCAGCAUGUGGUUUAAAAAUUCACUGAAUAAGAAAUGUGUUGCUAAGCUUAUUCUUCAGCUGAACUGAGUUUUAAAUCUCAAUUUGUUGUUUUUUUCUCUUUGACAUCGGUUGAUAGGACUAUUUUGUUGAAAUAAUGUUCAGCUGUGCUUGAAUUUACAGAUUUGAUUUUUACUGUAUAACUUAAAGGAGGUUCUGUUUUUACAAAUAAAACCAGAAAGUAUGAUGUGAAGAACUA